AAAAACCGAAUAGAGUUAGUUCGUGGGACAUCGAUCUUUUAAUCUCUGACAUGACUUUCACUUUAAAUCCUGAAAGGCUUCAAUUAUUGGACACUUGGUCCUGUCAGAGGAAGAAUAAGCGCAAAGAUAGCAGAGUAGUUGAUGUAGAAGACGACCUCAUUCAGAUAAGGACGAAUAAGCACCAAGAAGUUCUCUUCAAGAAGCUAAAGGAGGUUCAUACUCGUUCGGAUAAUACCUCUUCUCCUAUCAUUUCUGAUGCUGUUGAUGCUACUGCUACCGCUCUACCUGUCAUCAACACUACAAAAGACAUUAUUCCUGCAAUGACACGAGCGUUAUGCUCUAACGACCCUGCUGCACGAUUGGAAGCAAUUACUCAGUUUAGUAAGCUUUUAUCAAUGUGUAUGAAUGCAAUUCAUACAUUAAAUGUUUUGGCAAUGGAUGAUAUACCUCAACUACAGGCUAUGGCAGCAUCGGCUUUUGACACAAGAACUAUAAUGGAAGAUGGUGUGGUUCCCCUGCUUGUGCAGCUUCUGAGCUCUAGUAGUGAUGACCUCAAAGAAAUGGCAGUAUUGGCAUUAAGUAACCUUGUUGGCGAUUCCACGAGCACAAGGGAUUGUGUUCUUAAUCAUGGCGCACUCUUGCCAUUAUUGUCUCUGUUGUCGAAUCCAUCUACAACAAAAUUAUCUAUGUUGAAGAAUGCUACAUGGACUUUAUUAAAAUUGUGUCAUGGAAAGCCUUCCCCUCCUCCCACACUUUUUGAACAGAUACAACCUACAUUGUCUAUCUUUCGGGAACUCUUGUGGAUGCCUGAUGAAGAAGUUGUACAAAAUGCAUGUCUGACUCUCUCUUUCCUCGUUCGCGAGGGUUCAAGCAAAAUGUUCCAAGCUAUCAAUGAAGCAAAUAUUUGUCCAAAACUUGUAGGGCUACUACUGUUUCCAAGGUCAAGAGUUAUCGUGUAUGUUCUGCAGACUCUAGGAGAUAUUGUUGCUGGUGAUGAAGCUAGUACUCAGAUUCUAAUUAACAACGGAGUUCUUCCUUGUCUUAAUAAAAUACUUGUUACACAAAGUGACAAAAUUAUCCUCAAAUUAGCGUGUCUGGUAAUUUCAAAUAUCACAGCAGGGACAGAAUCUCAAAUACAGGAUGUCAUUGAUUUUCAUCUUGUCGGUCCUCUUGUUCGUCUUACGGAGGCUGAAUUUCACAUUAAGGAGGCUGUGUGGGCUAUUGCCAAUGGUACUGAUGGAACUCGUGAGCAAAUUCGAUCCUUCGUGAGUGAAGGGUGCAUCGAGGCACUCUAUGAUCUUUUGACCGAUCCAGACCCUACAAUUGUAACAGUUUGUUUAAAAGGCUUGAAAAACAUCUUAAGUGCAGGAGAAAUUAACGAGCAGCAGGGACUAUAUUGUGGGGUCAAUAUUUAUGCUCAAAUGGUGGAUGAAUGUGGAGGAUUGGCAAAUAUUUUAAUUUUGCAUAGCGAUGACAACAAUGACAUUUAUGAUAGAAUUGCAGAGACUUUCAUGAAAUAUUGGCCUUUGGAGCUUGAGAAAGAUUAUCAUAAUCUUCAUAGUUGUGUGGCUGGUAGUGACCAAGAUUUUUUUUUCGGGCUAAACCUCCUCUCAGAUGUUGCACAUUCUAUCCAUGAAAGCACACCUUCUCAGCCUCCUUCAAAGCCUUAUGUGAAAGUAUCACAAAUGGAUUUCUUGUUUCAAUUUCCUGACCAUAUUCAACCAUAUAUUAACAACAUAGUUGACGUGGAAGCAGAUGGAAAUUGUGGAUAUCGAGCGAUUGCAGCUUUAAUUGGUGGAAGCAAGGACGAUUGGCCUCUAGUUCGUGAUGAGUUAGAUAAGGAGCUUGGGUUGCAUCUCGAUCUCUAUGAACGACUUUUUCGUGGACGACUGCAAGAAUUGAGGUCCUCUUUGCGUGUAUGUGGUAAAGAAUUUGUAGGCAUGAAUAAGUGGAUGUCAAUACCAGACAUGGGAUAUGUAAUAGCCACAACAUAUAAAUUAAUCCUAGUGUCUUUAUCAAACACUUUGAGUAGGACAUUCUUUCCUCUUAGGGGUUCUCCACCCCCAAAUCAAUCUACUCGGCAUGUUAUUUGUAUUGGAUUUGUUGAUGGAAAUCACUGGGUGCAGGUAUUUUUGAAGGCAGAAUGUCCAUUGCCUAUCAUUGCUGAUAAAUGGGAAGAGUUUUGUUACCCAGAGGCUCGACCAUGGCCGACCGCAUAUAUCCCUCAAAUGUUGCAGUGGAUGAUAACAGAUCCACCAAAACCCAAAAUCAAAUCACAUGCAUCAGGGAUCACACUCAAGUUCUAAAAACCAAUCAAAUCAACCAGUCGGACAAGUUGAAUCAGAAACCGGCAUGUCAGCACCACAAAAUCAUCCAAUCAAGAAAACAGCACAAAACCUACGUAACCGAAAAAACAAAUAUAUCGGAAGCUAUCAUUUCGAAGGGUUUUAAUGAACAUUUAACGAUGGUUGCUAAAGAAAACAUCACAUUCGAACAACAGGGCAAAUGAGAAUAUUAAUCAUGAAAAGAAGAAAGGUUGAUGUUUAGUUGGGAAAAUUACAUCGAUAUCCUCUUAAGUUUUCUUUAAAUGACAACAAUACUUGUUUUAAUUUUGAAAAAACUCACCUCAUUUGUACUGAUUAAAAAAACUGCAUCAACCUGUAUAAGUAUUACAGUAUCUUGUGGAAAAAAAAAAUAUUAUGUGCAAUUUUUCAAUGAGUGCGGAGGUAAAUGCAUUUUAAAAACUAGAGUGGAGAGAGAUAAAUGCAAUUU